GUGUCUGUCUGUCUGUCUGUCUGUGUCCAGGACUCAGAGUUCAGUGUGACUAAAAGCCCUCCGGUGGACGAGUCGUCCUGCAGACUCUCCUCUGGGUCUCUCUCUGCGGUGGAGAGCAGCACCAAGAGUCUGGCUGGCGUCCUGGCUGCUCUGCCGGCGCCCCCUGGUGGCCUCAAGAGGAAACACAGCGGGGACGGAGGCACGGCCGUCUUCAACCCUCCCUCCAAACUGCCCCGACCUGACGAGAGCAGCGUUCAGUCGCUGUUUGUUGGACGCUCGUUCCCUGUGGAGCUGUUGGACAGCGGAGACAUGGAGUGUUCACUCUGCAUGAGAUUGUUCUACGAGCCGGUGGCCACUCCCUGCGGACACACCUUCUGCCUGAAGUGUCUGGAGCGCUGCCUUGACCACAACUCCAACUGUCCUCUGUGCAAAGAGAACCUGUCUGAGUAUCUGGCCACUAGGGGCUACAGCAAGACCCUGCUGAUGGAGGAAGUGCUGCAGCGUUAUCUAGGAGACGAGCUGGCGGAGAGGAAGAAGAUCCACGAAGAGGAGAUGAAGGAGCUGUCCAACUUGAACCAGGAAGUUCCCAUCUUCGUGUGCACCAUGGCGUUCCCCACCAUCACCUGCCCGCUGCACGUGUUUGAGCCCCGCUACCGCCUCAUGAUCCGCCGCUCCAUGGAGACGGGCACCAAGCAGUUCGGCAUGUGCAUAGCCGACGAGCUCAAAGGCUUCGCCGACUACGGCUGCAUGCUGGAGGUGCGAGACGUGAAGUUCUUUCCCGACGGUCGCUCGGUGGUCGACACUAUCGGCGUGUCGCGGUUCAAGGUCCUCAGCCACGGACAGAGAGAUGGCUACAACACCGCCAAGAUCGAGUACCUGGAGGAUAAGAAGGUGUGUUUGUUACUUUAAAUCUGCUGCUGUCAAUUAAAAUGUUGCACAAAGUAGAAAACCUCAGGUGUCAGCCCUGAAGCCAUCUCUGUGACAGCUGAGGAAAACUUAAUGAAUACGUUUUCACUCCGGCGGCAUCCUCUGGUUCUUAAAAGUGAAGCCGAUGCUUCAUGUGUUAAAGCUGCAUCCUCUCUAGUGUCCACCA